AUGGAACUGAUUCUGCCUGCAUGCUGCCAGCUUCUACUGACUCUGCGACGCUGCCACUCCAAGUCCGUCACCCACAACAACUCCAAGUCCUUCUCCAACGCCAUCACCAACCCCUUCUCCAACGCCAUCGCCCACCCCAUCGCCCACGCCCUCUCCAACGCCAUCACCCACCCCUUCUCCAACGCCAUCGCCCACCCCUUCGCCCACGCCCUCUCCAGCGCCCUCACCCACCCCUUCGCCCACCCCAUCUCCAACGCCCUCGCCAACCCCGACGGCCACGCCCACUCCAACUCCCACCAAGUCACCCACUCCGACGCCGACCCCAACUCCAACCCCGACCAAAUCCCCCACUCCAACGCCAACCCCGAGUCCCACCCCCACACCCACCCCCAGUCCUACCCCAACAGCUACACCCAGACCCACGCCUACAAUCACACCAUCACCCACGUGAUCCCAUCUCCUACACCGACGCCUAAGACCAUGCUCAAUGCUGCGCUCUACCUGCAGGGCCCCAAUGUGUGGCCACUGAGCACUGACAAGCUCAUCGUCAUGGUGAAAGCAUUUGCUGACACAAUGACCACCAUCCAGGCCAGCGAUGUCAACAUCCUCAAUAUUGCCAAGGCUGUGGCCACCAGGAGGCUGUUGCAGCGCGCAGUGUCAGACACUGCAGCAGUGGUACAGGUGCAGAUGACGGGCAAGUCUGAAAACCAGACUGACCUGAUCGCACAAGAGCUGGGCACAGUUAUCAGCAACACCAAACUGCAGGCAUCCCUGUACCAGAAGGGACUGGAGCUGACAAGGCUGAAGGUGCUGAGCACAACAACAUCAGUGCCCCUGGCAACGUCUGGCACCUGCUCUCAGGGAUCCAUCACUGGCGUCUGCAUUGGCACAAGCACGGCCAGUCUCUCCAAGACUACCAUCAUCAUCCUUGCAGUGUGCAUCGGUGGAGGAGUCAUUUUGCUGCUCCUUCUUGUCGCUGUCGUCCUGAUGUGCUGGUCGCGCAAGAAGCAGAGGGACCAGAGGAAGGCGGAUGCUGCCAAGGCAACGCCCAAAGCCAUGACUCCCAGCGCGGCCUACCCCUACUACGAGACCAAGCCCAUGCAGUUCCGCGGCGUCAAAGUCAGGGCCGAGCCCCCGCGCGGCAGCGCGUACCCGCCGGCCUACUCGCCGCAUGCGCCGCAGGAGCCUGAUCAGGCGCCUGGCCCCAGUAGCUCCCAGCACACGACUGUGCGCAGGGCUAACCCCGCAACCUUCCAGGCAGCUCCCCCCAGGGAUGUGAUUGUGGAUGGCGACGAGUACAUGGAGUACAUCGAGAUGGGCGGCCGCACCGCACGCGAGCAGCUGCGCAUGAAGCUUCCCACCUUCGGCGCCGCCGCUGCCCCACGCAGGACAGACUCCUUGCUCAACGAGGCAAUCAAGAACCCGGCAGCAGCUGCUUCCACGCUGGAGCCCACUCCAGAGGAGCCUGCAGAUGAGAAGAAGGCAGCAGACAAGGGCAAGCAGCCCAAGAGGGAGUAG